AGGCUGCGCCCAGCUGAGGCGGGGCCCGCGCACGCGCACUGGCGUCUGCGUCGGGGUUGGGGGGUAGAUUUAUAUUCGUCCGAUCAGCUGACGAUCUGCAUUGCAGCCUGCGGAGUGCAGAGGCGCCAUGUACGCUCUCGCCUUCUUCGCCAGCCUUCUGGUCACCGCUCUGACCACCCCUGUCCAAGACCCAAAGGUGUGUGCUGGGGGCUCAGCGGUGCUGUGCAGGGAUCUGAAGACAGCAGUGGGAUGCGGGGCCCUGAAGCACUGCCAGCAGAUGGUGUGGAGCAAGCCCACAGCAAAAUCCCUUCCAUGUGACAUAUGCAAAACUGUUGUCACUGAAGCUGGAAACUUGCUGAAAAACAAUGCCACUCAGGAAGAGAUCCUUCGUUACCUGGAGAAGACUUGUGAGUGGAUUCAUGACUCCAGCAUCCAGAACUCGUGCAAGGAGGCAGUUGAUUCUUACCUGCCUGUCAUCCUGGACAUGAUAAAGGGGGAGAUGAGCAACCCUGGGGAAGUGUGCUCUGCCCUCAACCUGUGCCAGUCUCUCCAGAAGUACUUGGCUGAGCAAAACCACCAGAAACAGCUUGAGUCCAACAAGAUCCCAGAGGUGGACAUGACCAGAGUUGUUGCCCCCUUCAUGGCCAAUGUCCCUCUCCUGAUGUACCCUCAGGAUCACCCCUACAGCCAGUCCCAACCCAAGGCCAAUGAUGCUGUCUGCCAGGAUUGUGUGAAGAUGGUAACUGACAUCCAGACUGCUGUGAGAACCAACUCUACCUAUGUCCAGAGCUUGGUGGAGCAUGUCAAGGAGGAGUGUGACCGCCUGGGGCCGGGCAUGGCUGACAUGUGCAAGAACUACGUCGACCAGUACUCUGAAGUUGCCGUCCAGAUGAUGAUGCACAUGCAACCCAAGGAAAUUUGUGCUCUGUUUGGCUUCUGUGACAAGACCAAGAAAGUACCAAUGAAGACAUUGGUCCCUGCCAGUGAGGCCUUCAAGGACAUCUUCCCUGACCUGGAACGGAUGGACUCCUUUGAGGCCCACAACAUUAUUUUCUGCCAGGCUUGUAAGUUUGUGAUGCAGAAGUUGUCUGGACUAAUGGCUAACAGUGCCACUAAGGAACUAGUAGUUAAAACCGUGAACAAAGCAUGCUCACUGCUCCCCGCUCCUGCUUCAACCAAGUGCACGGAUGUGAUAGACACGUUCGGCUACUCCCUGCUGGAUGUCCUUCUGAAAGAGGUGAGCCCAAGCUGGUGUGGUAUGAUCCGCCUCUGUUCCGGUAACCCUGAUUCAGUGGACACAUUUGAGCAGCCUGCAGUGUCCAUCCUGCCUGCACUACCCAAACAGCCCGAACAGUCCGAAAAGCCCGCAUUGCGUGCACAUUUACCUCAGAAAACCGGUGGGUUCUGUGAAGUGUGCAAGAAACUGGUCAGCUAUUUGGAACACAACCUGGAGAAAAACAGCACCAAGGAGGAGAUACUGGCUGCACUUGAGAAGGGCUGCAGCUUCCUACCUGACCCCUACCAGAAGGAGUGUGAUGACUUUGUGUCUGAAUAUGAACCUCUGCUGGUGGAAAUCCUUGUGCAAGUAAUGGAUCCUUCCUUUGUGUGCUCGAAAAUUGGGGCUUGCCCUUCUGCCUCUAAGCUGCUGCUGGGAACUGAGAAGUGUGUCUGGGGCCCUAGCUACUGGUGCCAGAACAUGGAGACUGCAGCCCGUUGCAAUGCUGUGGACCAUUGCAAACGCCACGUGUGGAAUUAGUUUUCCAGCUUGCAGAAGUUGCGGCGUAUUUGUGGGUCUAGGAUAAUGAACACACAAGAUCUAUUUGACUUCAUUCUAAGUAGAACCUCUACCCUUCCCUGCUCCUCCUCUUUUUUUUGGUCUUUCCCCCAUUCUGUAGCAUUGCUGUCAUGUAGGAGCUGCUGAUGGCCCCUUCCAGUGUUCCCCUUCUGCCUGAAGGAUGAGGACAUUCAAGGUAUCAGCUCUCCAGCUGCCCUUUGACUCACCUGCUGGUGGGGCUGCUGAGCUAGAGAGCAGGAAUGCCUUCUGAGCCCUGACUUGGUCACCCCUCUACCUUGAAGAGGGAGCUGCUCACUUUCCUGUGGUACCAAGGAGUUUUCUAUGACCGAUUUGAAGCACAGGAUAAUGAGGUCUUUAUGUUAUGACAAUGGCAAUUCCAUCAACCUAAAGAUUUCAGAAGCACCUGCAGGUGGCUUGCUUGGGACACUGCUGUCUAGGUCUGCUUUUCCCUCUGCUUUCCUGUAUUCCCUGUGGGCUAGGGUGGGGAGGGGGAAACUUCUGAAUGUAAUUUGCCCAUGCCAUGUGGGACUGGCCUUUUGUGAGAGUCAUGGCCUUUUGUGAGAGUCAUGAACAGUGUUGUCUGUCAGGGCUCUGCACGCCCCUAUUCUACCUUAUAGCUCUUGUUGAAUUGCCCUUAUCAUGGAUGAAGCAUCUGCCUAGCAGUGGGUGAUGAACUGAGGGGUCUCUAUGUACAUAGAGUAGGUACUAUCUGGAACCUUGGCUGGUCUGUUGAAGAGCUGAAGCUUCUCCUGUGCCUCGGGUUGCCAGGAGACAGCCAGCAGGAUUGGGCAUGUGCAGCUAAAUGGACCUAGAAUUUAAUUUGUUUUGCACUAAAGUUUCUGUGACUUAAUAAAGUUCUGUUAAUCAGA